AUGGCAUUGGCGCCUUCAAAUAUUGUUACGGAGAUGUAUCCGCCUGGCUCUGAUCCCCAGCCAAUAUUAACAGGAAAAAGAGCCGAGGCUGUGGCUAUUCUAAAGCAGAUUCCUGAGGCGAAUGAGGUCCGCUUUGAGCCCAUACAGACUGAUAAAAAGCGCGCUCCUAAGCUGCAAAUUCCACCCUAUAUUGAUAUUAUGGAGCCGUAUCAAAUCUUUAGCCUAUUCUUUACCGAGGAUUUAUUCAAAGUUCUCGCUGAUAAUACAAAUAUGUAUGCGUACGCGAAACUAUCAAAGAAUAUGAACCCACACCACCGAAAUUGGCGAUCAACAACACCUGGAGAACUCAAGGCUUUUGUGGGAGCUCAAAUAUAUAUGGGAUUUACUAAGGAACCCCAGCUGAAAGAUUACUGGGACGAGGAGAAGCAUAACAAAUCAGUUCAUGCCAACCACCCGUUAUCUAACUAUAUAACGUGCUUCCGGUUUGAGCAAUUGAAGCGCUUUUUUCAUAUAUCUGAGCCCUCUGAGGUCCCCGGAGGCUUUAUAUCAACAUAUUACCGCCCGGAGCCUACGGAGGAAGAGGAAUUACAACUAAGCGAGGAGCAAUUGAGCGGUAUCUGGUGGCAUAAAGUUCAUACCGUGUUUGAUAUACUGCGAAAAGCUUCAAAAAAUCUAUAUAUUCCUUCGUCCAAUAUAUCGAUUGAUGAGGCAAUGGUGUGUAGCCACGGAAGAUCUUCUCACACAUAUAAAAUGCCUAAUAAACCAAUCAGCCAAGGCUUCAAGAUAUUCGUUCUUGCGGAUCAUGGUUAUUGCUACUAUUUUUACCCGGCAAGCCGUACAAAGGGGGUUGUUGAGGUGGGAAUGGCAAAGGAGCUUACUAAAACGGGCCAAAUGGUGUAUGAGCUCGUACAAACGCUGCCAAAGGACAAUAAAACAUAUGAUUUGUACCUUGACAACUACUUUACUAGCGUUAAUCUAUUCAAAGCGCUUCGAGAGAUACAAGUUGGGGCUCGUGGCACUACUCGGCCUCAUAAAGAGUUCCCCAAUCUGCUCAAAAAACUCAAAGAUUUGGGGUCAUAUAUCCCAUAUCACAAAGUUUGUGCUAUCCCUGUCAAUGACGUUCUCUGCGUUGCAUGGCAAGAUAAUAAUAUUGUCCUUGCACUCACCACAAUUCAUACGGUUGAUCAGACAGAUGAUUAUAUUGAGCGUACGCGCCGAAGGCCUCAAAAGACCUCAACAAAUGGCCCCCUGGUGCAUAAAGAAUUCGGCGAACAAGCGGUCAAAAAUAUGCCUAUCCCACGCUUUAUUGAUGAUUACAAUUCCCAUAUGGGAGGGCUUUUCGCUCAUGGUGGCCCUUAUGGAACUGGUGCCUAG